AUGGAAAUAGCACUGCGUGUUGUUUUGGAGAACAUCAGUAAUGCGGGAAUAACGGAUUCUUAUACUAACACUCCAAACAAUGGAAAAGUCUUACAGACACAAGUGCCGUGCAUAUCCGGUGUUUUUAAUAAUUCAACCAAUUCACCUUUGAGCAUACUGACUAAGAGUGGUAACUUAAUCAAAUCCAGUAUUAAUUGCACGGAUAACACUUCAGUGACGUCACCUGGUUUAAAAGGUUUCGAAUGGAGGAAAAAACAAAAAGUCCCGUUACAUGAUUUGACUAAUGCGGACCCCAAUAAACGUCGUUGUCAUGGACUGUUUUACAUGGCUGAGUCAACCAAUGGGUACAACAGCAAUGGACGUUUGCCAACUUCUGUUACAACAACAGUGGACGGGACUUUAAACGAUGUCACAUACGCUAGCUGUGGCGAAAGCCAUCUCAAUCGUACAGUUGAUGACAAUUGCUUAGUUCGCAAUCUAGCACAAGAUUUCGCGAUGAUAGACAAAGAACAUGAACAACAGCCAAUCCCUAAUGAAGGAAUUUUACAAACAGAUCCACACUUAAACAGUAAUGAAAUAUCUACAUGUCAAGUCUUUGAACCAGAGAAAAACUCGGUUAUAUCACCAACACCAACUAUUGCUGCUUACAUUUUUGUAGUAGCCUACAUGGAUAUUGGUGACCCAAACAAUAUAUGCGAACAUUGCAACGCAAUCUACUGGUAUGAGGAGCGUGUUGACAAGGCAGUGCGUACCGGAACAGCAAAAUAUUCCACGUGCUGUGGUCAUGGGAAGAUCAAACUACCCAGAAUGUCGUUACCUCCAAAAAGGAUUUUCAACUUAUUCUUUGAAAGAGGGACCAAACGGAAUGAAUUUUUAAAACACAUAAGGAGGUACAAUAACAUGUUUUCUUUUACAUCGUUGGGUGCUAAGGUAGAUAAAUCCAUCAACAGUGGGAAUUGCCCACCGAUAUUUAGGAUAAAUGGCCAGAAUUAUCAUUUAAUGGGAGGACUCAUGCCCGAGGUUGGUAAGAGCCCCAAGUUUGCUCAGUUAUACAUCCAUGAUACAGAGAACGAGGUAGAAAACCGCAUCAAUGCAUUCAGUGGUGCUGAACUAAACGACCCAACUCAUGUUGAUAUAGUCCAAGACAUCAAGGUAGAUCUAGAUGAGCACAACGUAUUGGUUCAAUCAUUUCGAUGGGCAAAAACUCAGAUUGACAACAAUCCACAAGUCAAUUUUAAGAUGAGGCUGAUUGGUAAGCGACAGAGUGAUGCUAGAACGUAUAAUUUACCGACUGCUUCUGAGGUGGCUGCUUUGAUUGUUGGUGAUCUAGACCCCACACUAGGCCAACGAGAUAUAAUAGUGGAGACAAAGUCCGGUUCGCUUAAGAGGAUAAACGAGCUCAACCCAGCAUACUUGCCGUUGCAAUAUCCGCUUUUAUUCCCCUUGGGCGAGGAUGGAUAUCGUGAAGAUAUACAGUACGGUACUACAUCUACCAAACCGACUGGUGCAAGGGUGCGAGUAUCUCAACGGGAAUACUUUGCUUACAGGAUCCAUGACAGGUUAAGUGAACUUUCAACGAUGUUGUACGCCAAACGACUAUACCAACAGUUCCUGGUGGAUGCAUACACGAUGGUUGAAUCUGGGAGACUACUAUACAUUCGCAAUAACCAGAAGUCAUUGCGGUGUGAGGCUUACAAGGGGCUGUCGGAUGCUUUAACUAGGGGGGAAGUUGAUACUAACAAGCAAGGUAAGAGGAUCAUCUUACCUUCGACUUUCACGGGCGGUGCUCGAUAUAUGAUACAAAAUUAUCAGGAUGCAAUGGCCAUCUGCAGACAUAAGGGGUAUCCAAACUUAUUUAUAACAUUCACAUGCAAUCCUAAGUGGCCUGAGAUUCAAAGAUAUAUGGACAAAUGCAACCACAACGCAGAAGAUAGGCCGGACAUUGUGUCUAGGGUCUUCAAGAUGAAGUUAGAUGCUUUAGUGAAAGAGAUACGCAAUGGCAAGCUUUUUGGUAUUGUAACCGCAGUUGUGUAUACUAUAGAAUUUCAGAAGCGUGGAUUACCACACGCUCACAUACUCAUCUUCCUAGAAAGAUUGACCAAAGGAUUUUCAGCUAAUCACAUGGAUGAGUUCAUAUCUGCUGAAAUACCUAACAAAGAACUAGACAUUGAAUAUUUUAAGGCUGUUGGGGAAUUUAUGAUGCACGGGCCAUGUGGACAAGAAAGACCUAAAUCUCCAUGCAUGGUCAAUAAAAAGUGCUCUAAACAUUUUCCAAAGAAAUUUGCAGAGGUGUCCACAUUGGAUCAUGACGGUUACCCAAUUUACAGACGUCGUGACAAUGGUGCAACAGUUGAAAGAAAUGGGGUGAAGUUGGACAGUAGGUACUGUGUUCCGCAUAAUAGAUACCUCCUGUUGAAAUACAAGGCACAUAUAAAUGUAGAAUGGUGCAACCAAUCCAGAUCAAUAAAAUAUUUGUUCAAAUAUGUGAACAAAGGGAAUGACAAGGUCACUGCUGAGUUCUACAAGUCCACAAAUUCUGAAAACGAAAAUGCAGCUGUGGAUGAAAUUACAAUGUAUUACGAUUGUCGCUACGUGUCCGCGUGCGAAGCAGCUUGGCGGUUGUUGAGUUUCGAUGUACAGCUUAGGCACCCCCCUGUUGAGAGACUAAGCUUCCAUCUUCCAGAUUGCCAAACAGUUGUCUUUGAGGAUGAUGAUAGGAUCGAACAUGUGCUUAAUAGACCGACUGUCAAUCAAAGCAUGUUCACAGCUUGGUUUGAUGCUAACAAGAAAUAUGAAGCAGCUAAAGAGUUGGCUUAUAUUGACAUGCCGAGCAAAUUUGUCUGGAAGAAAGAUAUUAGGGAAUGGCAUCCUAGGAAGAGGGGGUUUUCUAUUGGGCGCAUAUUUUUUGUACCUCCAGGGAGUGGUGAAGUAUACUACUUGAGAUGUCUUUUAAACGUAGUUCGUGGUCCUACGAGUUUUCAAGACAUCAGGACAGUUCAAGGUGUUGUAUACUAA